GAUUGAACGUAAGUCGAUGUCAUGGAGAAGAGGAUGCGUAUGGAAUAAUUUCCAUCAGUAUCAGUAUCAGCGGAGGAUGCGCUGUCGAAUUAUGGCCCAGUUGUGAAGAGAGGACAACAGCCAGCGGAACUUGCGAGCUUGGUUUUAUUUAUCCAGUCAGGUGUCUGAUUGGUUCCCCUCUUUACUUUUUGUAAUGUCUUCACGGCCGGAGGACUUGAGCGUGCAGAGGAGGCUAGCACUCGUAGCCCUCGGGGUAUUUGCCAGUCUCUCCACUGCGGGGAUUAUAUUUGGGUUUCAGUCGCUCCGACCAGCCUUACUGAAGAGCGGUGUAUAUGCAAAUUUGUGCAGUAAUGCUUCGACGAUCGCUGGUGAUCAGGAGCCCUGCAUACCACAGCUACUGCGUCUGAAUCUCAUGUUUACGGUGGCAAGCACUGGAGCAAACUUGGCGUCCUUGCCUAUCGGCUUAGGCUUGGACCGCUACGGCCCACGGAAAACUGUGUUUGCGGGCUGCGUCCUUUGCUUCCUAGGGAGCCUGUUGUUUGGGAUCAGUUCAACUGCUUUCGAUGGAUAUCUCACCGGAUAUCUGUUACUUGGCGUAGGAGGGCCCUUUUGCUUCAUUGGCUCUCUUCACAUUAGCGGCGCUUUUCCCGCGUAUUCUGGACUCAUCAUGGCCGCGUUGACCGGCGCAUUUGAUGCGUCCUCGUCCGUUUUCUUCUUUUUUGCGCUGCUUUUCAAGACAAUCAAAGGACCGAUUCAAACGUACUUCCUGUUCUACAGCAUAAUCCCCAUCCUGAUUGCGGUCAUGGCGGCAUUUCUUAUGCCCCGGUCUUCUUUUGGCGGGAAGCUUCCAGACGAGACGGAUGGGGAUGAGGAAGACCUGAUAGCGAGCGAGGGACGGGAGACUGAUCCUCUGCUGCCAAACCUUACCGCGGAUGGUGAGGCAGCUCCCGUCUUGAUGGAAACUGACGGUCUGCUAUGCCGCCAAUUGAGGAGUUGGGAAUAUGGAGGAAUCCUUCUGGCGAUGUGUUUAUUCAUGUUGCGGCUCAACUUCUACAUGUCGUCAAUCCGCGAGCAAAUCGUGGAUCUGAGUGGCCUACCGGCGAAGGAUCCAAAAGUCGAGACCUUGGUCUCUUUCUUCAAUGUAGCUCUACCCGCUGCGGGCAUCAUUUGCAUCGUCCCUAUUGGAUACCUGCUGGAUCGCAAGUCGUUCGCAAUUAGUUUCGGCGUUCUUUGGGUAUUUGGAAUGACCUUUGGUGCAUUAGCAUUGACUCCAAAUCUUCUACUGUAAUAUCUGACAGUAAACAUAUUCGUCGUAAUGCGAAUUCUACUUUACAGUGUUGCAAAUGAUUUUUGUGCGAAAACGUUUGGUUUCGUCACCUUCGGA